GAAAUCCGAGCGAGGGUAAAGAAUCUAUAAGAGAGGGAAACGAUGGUGGUGUCUGGUGUGUGCCUGUUUCGCAAACACAAAUUACGCUAGAGAAUCGGCAAGCCCCAACGCAAACCCUAACUCUAGCGGUUUUCUUCGAAGAAUGGAAGACGGUGCAAUUAAGCCGAAUUUGUUAAACGUCCGGAAUAAGCUCGAGGAUGGCGUGAAGGAAAAGUUGGAGAGGAUUUACGGCGUUAGGAUUACUCGCGAUGCUCUGACCGUUUCAUGUAACAUCGCCAGGAGAUGCUUUGAUGAUGAAGGAAAAAGCCUGGAAUCUCGGGAGGCAUUGUUGCAAAGCAAGGCUGCUGAUCUGCUAGAGAAAGCAUGUGGCACAUUGAGAUUUCGACUUGAUGCUGGUGAGGUUGAUGAGGAUGAGAAAAGUUUGGAUGCUGAUGAAUACAAGCUGGUUCGCUCCUGCAUUGAGAUACACGAAAUUUGGAAAGAUAAGGAUCCUGACCGCGAAGCUUGGCUCCAUCAUCUACAUCAGGAGCUCAGAGAUUCUAUGGAUAAGUGGGACCGUUACUUUAACAAAUGGAAGCCUUUUCCAAAGAAGCAGCACAAGCGGAGCCCUGAAAUACUGGUAAAGGAAGCUCAACUGUUGCAAGGGUUGCUCCAAGAGCUCCUUUCUUGUUUGCCAAAUAAUGGUUCAUUGCAUUCUUCAAUCCGUACCGAUUGGUGGAACGAAAUGGUUAGGCAGCUUGAUGUUCUUGUUACCCUCAACUCCGAUGGUUUUGACAAAAAGUUUCAGCAGUUUGUUACGGUUGGGCCGAAGCUCAUUGCAAAGGUGGCUAGCUCCGAGACUGGUUUUCCAGCAUCUUGGCUCCUUCACUCCUCCCUGAAGCCGCCCGUGGACGACCUUGUGACACGGCUAUCUAGGAGGCAAUUUGGAAAACGAUUCCCUAUUCUCACUAUUUCCCGUGCCUUGUCAAGAGCUGAGUGCCCAAGUCCACUGGGAUGUGUGACUAGGCCCAUCGGAUCAUUCCUCUUCCUCUGUGGCCAGUGUCAUGAUGGGCCAGAGCUUGCAGAAGCUCUUACCGAAGAGCUAUUCAAGGGCAAAGGGUCGUUGAUCCACUUUGACUUGUCCAAAUAUACUGAACCAGAUUCUGUCUCUCGCUUCCUUGGUGUCCCAACAAGCCAAGGAGAGCUUGGUUCUUCGGGGGAACUCACAGAUGCUUUGGAGAAGAACCCAUUUAGUAUUGUCUUGUUCAGCAAUAUUGAUGCUGCCUCUGUUUCUGUCGUUGACAUGGUGACUGAAAUCUCAAGGUGUGGCAGGCUAACCAACAGCCAGGGAAAAACCAUAGACUUUACAAAGACUCUGAUUAUUAUGACUUCAACUAUCGGAGUUGAUAAAGAAGUAUCAUUUGGAUGUGACUGUUUCCGGAUGGUUGAAGAAUGCCCCAUUAAGGAACUUUUGAAUCUGCACCCAGAGGAAAGCAAGCAUAGAUGCAGCACAUUUUCUCGCCUCAAAGAGGUGCAAAAGCAAUUUGGACAUAAGUUGUUUGAACAACUGGAUGAUAUCGUUGUUUUCUCAAGCCUUGGUUUCCAGAAUGCUAAGGCCAUUGCAAGGCUGCAGCUGAGGGAGAUUGCCAGUUUGAUGACUCCAAAAGGUCUUAUUAUAUACCCGUCAGAAGCUUUAUUAACAGAGAUAUUGUGGAUGGCUUUUUGGUGGCAGGGAGGUGAAAAGCUUGUAAAAGUUUGGCUAGAGGAGAAUUUGGUCCCUGUGCUGCAAUUGAUGUGUAAAAAGGGUGAGAUUAAAGAUAAUUAUAUCAUCUACAUUGACACCCUGGUGGGAACACAAGAGUUGUCAUAUAGAUUGGUGAAGCUUGAAGAUUUUUUUGAAGAGGAGGCUUUGAAGCAGGUUAAAAAAAAAUCAGCUGAAUUGAAAGUCUUGUGCAGGAAACAGAAAGCAAGAAUCAAUAGGAUUUAUUGGUUGAACAGAAAGCUUUACGGCGUUUACGCAUUAAAUCCUACCACAAGUGUAGAUACUGGAACUGAUUUCAAAUUUGUUGAUGGAACUAUUCAAGAGUUGGUUGAUAUCAUUAAACUCAUGAUCAACGAAACUGAUGCGAAUAUUGUGGGUGAUAAAGAAAAGGUUGUGCAAAGAGGCAUGAAAGAGGAGGUGGACCUUGGUUUGGGAGAUGGUGGUAGCAAAAGGGCUAAGAAGGGGGUGGAGUCUCUUAAAGCACAAUUGCACAAUGGAUUGUGGGGACAAGCAACUAAUAUCGUCGCAAAGGCUGCAAAGAUGAUUAUGGAUGCACCACACUAUCCGCCUUCCCUUCCAGUUGCGGCAUUCCUCUUCUUGGGUCUCACUACUUCUAGUAAAGAAAAAAUUAUUGGGGAUCUUGCUGAGAAUUUCGUUGCAGAUGAUGGGACAAAGCUGCUGUUCACAAUUGACUUGUCAGAAUAUACGGACUUGAAUUCACUUUCACGGUUGACAGAUGCACUUUCUGGGUUCACUGUCCGUGAAUAUUGUAAGGGAGAGCAGUUUCCAGGGAGUGUCAGAAUGAGGCCGUGCAGCAUUCUUUUUCUUGACCAGGUUGAGAAGGCGCAUAUGUCUGUAUUCACUGCUCUACUCUCUGUGCUUGAUCGUAGCAUGUUUAUUGACCACCGAGGGAGGACUGUUGGCUUUAGGGAUACCAUUGUCAUCAUAAGCUCUGAUGCAGGGAACAAGGGAAUUUUUUCUCGCCUUGUUGGUAAUGCUUCUCAAAACAUUCUGGACAGUGACACCAAGCAGGAAGUAAAGGGUUUCAGGUUCGAGUUGCUGAAUCGAGUGGGUGAGAUGGUGUUUUUAGAUCCUUUCGCUUCUCAUGAUGAUCAACUGAGGAAGUUUGCUACGCUGUCAAUGUUAUCUGGCCCUCAUUUGAAAGGGAGGUCACCCAGUGGUUUUUCCAGGACCUUCUUUUCCUUGUUCAAACCUGCUAAUGAUCUUGACGGUGAUUCAGUUGAGGAUCCACCAGAAGAAUACAAGUCAGAGGACAUUGUAAUCAGGGAUUUAUCAAAAAAGCUCAAUGUAUAUGAUGGAAGUAGUCGUAUCCUUGUGCAGUGACCUAUCCAUACUAAAAAACUGUUAAAUUGCUAAAAUACAAUCCUAGUGGUCUGGUUUUUGUAUGAUUUCCUAUUUCGUUUGUGGAAGUUUACUGAUGAACUUCAAGCUGUAUGUAGAGUCGGCUGAACUAUUUUGAAGUGGUUUUUUUUGACAUAUUAUUAUAUACUUGAUGCUAAGGUUGUGAGGAAUCCUUUUAAACUGCAUUUACUAGUUUUACGUGGAAGUGGAAUGCUCAUUUAUUGAA